GUGUUCGAAGUAAAAAGUUACGUCUUCCUAUUUUUAAGCUAGUCCAGAGUUACGUUAAAUUAAGAAUGACUAACCAAAUGCUGAUAAAUGGGGAGUAGUGUAAUGGGGAGUAAAUAAUUGAAAGGUGACUUAAGAGAUGGGCAUGAGGUAUGGAUUCAUUGCUGUAGGAUUCCCCCCACAAAUAUGUUUAUGAAGAAUUCCACGGAAACUUAACUACUUAUUAAAAAACCGACCUUGUUUUGUGAUAAACUAGUGCUAACCUCACGUAUGUUUUUCAAAGUAAUCACCAACAUACAGAUUUUUGUGUGUUGGAGAGGAAGAAGUAAAUUUGAAGAACCAUCCCAGACUUAGAGUUAAAAGGUGUGGAGUUUGGGGCCCGUAUGGUCAACAUUGAUGGAAAACAAAUCAAGCUGCAAAUCUGGGAUACGGCCGGGCAAGAAUCCUUCCGUUCCAUCACCCGUUCCUACUACAGGGGCGCAGCUGGAGCCCUGCUAGUGUAUGAUAUCACACGGCGUGAAACCUUCAACCACCUGACCUCCUGGUUAGAGGAUGCCCGGCAACACUCCAGCUCCAACAUGGUUAUCAUGCUGAUUGGGAAUAAAAGUGACUUAGAGUCCCGUAGGGAUGUGAAGAGAGAAGAAGGAGAGGCCUUUGCCCGGGAGCAUGGACUUAUCUUCAUGGAAACUUCAGCCAAAACAGCCUGCAAUGUUGAAGAGGCCUUCAUUAACACAGCCAAAGAAAUAUAUAGGAAGAUCCAGCAGGGUUUAUUUGAUGUUCACAAUGAGGCAAAUGGCAUCAAGAUUGGUCCUCAGCAGUGUAUUUCAACGUCAGUGGGACCCAGCGCCUCCCAGCGGAGCUCUAGUGAAAUAGGGUCCAACUCUGGCUGCUGCUGAAUAUCUGGCCUGGACUCUUUUUUUCCUUCCUGGAACAGCUUCAGAUCAAUAGGCUUUAAAGAAAGAGGUCUUAACUUGCUUUGGCUGAGAAAAGCCUCUUUUCAAGGUGUGAUGUUUUGCCUUCCCACUUUAAGACCAGGGAAGAAUUUGGGCCCUUACUGACCUGUCCUUCUUCAGGGACGUGAGCAUUCCCUAUAGAUUAGGGCUCUUCUCAUCCUCCUAUUUUAAUUUCUAAAAUCUUAGGAUCAGAGUCGAUUGUCAUGGUAGCUGAAAAAUAAAUUCUUUUGUAAGCAUAUACAAUUUGCUCCCCACCAAGAAUUAGUAACAAGGGUUGAAGACAUUCUGCUUGAGCACUUGAUUUUCCUGGGAUCUGACUGGCUGACCUUUGGAUGGUGGAUCCUCUAUCUAGGAAUUUUAUUGAUUGUUUGUACUUGCCACUUUGUCUAAGAGUUCUUGUAGAGGGCACUUCCUUCUGCUUGAACUGCUCAAGGAUGCUGAAUACUUCACCAUCCCAUUGCUAGUUUCUCUGUCUCGGAGUUAACUACAAAACUUUGGGGAGAGCAGUGGAGUUGCUCCUGGACCUGUGGCUACUUAUUAUUAUUACCUAAAGAAAACCUCUUUCCCCAUUUGUUUUGUUUUAGGGACCGGACCUAACACUACAGUGUCUUUCACCAAAUUAAACCCUUACUGUUUCAUCACACUUCUUAAUGAGACCUGUUUAGACUUUCUACUCUAAUCAAGCUAAUCUGCUUACUGGACAUGACAUAUAUACUUCCACUUAUAUGCCUUUGCACAUGCCCUACUCUCUGCUAACAUACUCAGUCCAAAAAUUUUUCCUUCAGAAAGCCUUCUUUGGCCUAGGGACUUCUAAAUGAUUAUUGACGCAGUACCCUAUGAGCUUUUGUAUGUUGUUUACUCAUUUGUAUAUUUAUUUAUAUUUAUGUUACUUUGUAAAUUUGUUUUGUAGUUGUUUUCUGUGUGGAAUCUGUCUCCUAUGUAGGUUGUAAGCUCCCUGAGAGCAGGAACCAUGUUAUCCCUUUACUUUUGUAAACCACACCCUCCACUAUUCCUUCACAAUGCCUAGUGCUAUUCAUUAUGUGAUCAUUGGAUUUGACUGACAUACUUAAAGAGUUGGAACAGGUUUAUUGUAGACUGCAGAGGAAACAAAAGGUCUUACAGUAUCUUUCUUAACUAUCUCAGUCUCUUCUGGUCUGCCCACCCUGGAUUCCAUAUUGUUCUUCCUGCUUGUCUCUUUCUCCCUUUGCCUCCAUUCUAUGCAGCAUAUAGUAAGGCUGUCUGCUUCCACGCAGUCAAAUAAGUGGGUACUUCUCUAGCCAUUUUUCUUUUCAAGGGCGUAUAAUACUAAGCUAAUCUGCCUUUGCUUCACUCAUCAAGCAGCCUUCUGGGUCAGUUUUUGUAUCUUUUGCCUUGAUGUCCCAUUCUCUUCCACAGCACUAGGGUCUCAUGAAUUUUUCUAAUUUUUUUUGUUGUUGACGAAUUGUUUCAUUAUUAAAUAUAUGCAUGUAUCCAACUGCUCAUA